AACAUAACGUGCCUAACAAGUGUCCAUUUGCAGCCCAAUUGCCCGUUUCAUUCAUUGAUGAGUAAACUUCCAACCACUUCUCCUUCCUCGGUAAAGCUUUGUCUUUUAGCACUCAAUUUUCUGAUCUCAUCUGCUAGCCUUUUCCUCCCUUUCCUGCAACCCAAGUCUUUUGGUGCAGACAUUCUUUACAGACUUUGAGCACUGAUCGACUAGGAUUUGACAAAGAAGCAUGCUUUUGUACACAAACCUACAGCUCAUCCAAUAGAAUAGUCACUUUUCAUUUGGAAACAUAUCAACAUCUUGCUCCAUCAGAACAUGGGAGCAAAUGCUUGGUUCCUCAUCUAGUUUGAGCUCCUACAAAUUCAUCUAAUUUAAGUUGCUACAAGAGCAGGAAUUUAUAGCUGGGGAUCGCACAGCUUGAAUGAAGUUGGAGAAGAAAAUUAAUUGAGCUAUAGAUUCACAGAUAAUGAGGGACUUCCCUUCUUGUUUCAAUGAAAGUGGGGUCCAGGUUGCUGAUUCUUCCCCAGCAUCAUCAAAUUCUAGUAAAGCUUCUCAGAAUCUCGUUACAUGCGUCUAUCAGACGCAGUUUCAGGGCACUUCAUGCUUCAUUACCAUUACCUGGUCCAAGAAUUUGAUGGGGCAAGGAGUUAGCAUUGGAAUUCGGAGUUCAACCAAUGAAUGCGUCUGCAAGGUUGAUAUUAAGCCUUGGUUAUUUACUCCAAGAAAAGGGUUCAGAAGUUCAGAGGCCGAUUCCACUGCAAUUGACAUAUAUUGGGAUUUUUCAUCCGCAAAAUUUGGUUUUGGCCCGGAACCGCUAGAGGGUUUCUAUUUAGCUGUUGCAUUUAACCAAGAACUUGUCCUACUCCUCGGGGAUUUGCAAAAGGAAGUGUAUAAGAAAAUAGGUACUAGCCCUGUUGCAUCUAAUACGGUGUUUAUUGCCAAAAGAGAGCACAUCUUUGGGAAGAGAGUAUACACUACAAAGGCUCAAUUCUGUGACCACGGGCCGAUACAUGACAUCGAAAUUGAGUGCGAUACUGGGGGGAUUAACGAUCCAUCUCUGGCCAUCAGCGUGGAUAGCAGAGCGGUGUUGCAGGUGAAGCGGCUGCGGUGGAAGUUCAGGGGGAACGAGACUAUUUUGGUGGAUGGACUGCCGGUGGAAGUGUACUGGGAUGUUCAUAGUUGGUUCUUUGGGAAUGUUAUGGGCAAUGCUGUUUUCCUGUUUCAAACCUGUCUCUCGGCCGAGAAGCUGCGAAACCGCCACUCCACCGUCUCCUCAAAUCCGUCUGUGUUCAGUAGGCCAGGUUCGCAAAAUUCCGGGUCACAAGGUCAGGGAUUUUCAUUGAUUUUGUACGCCUGGAAAAACGAGUAAAAUUUUCUUUAUGAUCAUUUCUUUUUUUUGUUGCCCCUACAUGUAUGCUGACCACUUGCCAGGUCAAUAAUAAAACUUCUCCUGUGAUCUUGCUCUCAAAUGAAGGUGCUUUAUAGCACGAUUUAUAACUCAACUUCGACUUCUUGCUUCUAUUAGCUUAAUCAAUCAAAUUGAGCAGACUUUUUUUUUAGAAAAGCAAGCUAUGAACGAGUGUUGCAGGUAGCUCUCUUUGGAAUUUGGAUUUUUACACUUGAUCCUCUCUCGUUUUGCUGGUUUGGCAGUCUUCUAUUUGACUGUGAUAAGGUCAAGUGAAACAAGUUUCAAGGCAAAGGAUUCUUGAUUAGCUUUGCUUUGGUAGGCCUUUGCCAAUUGAUAGAGAAGGCUAUUAGUUAGUCAUAUAUCAUCCAAGCAUGACAUGAAUAAUAAAGGGGAGGAAGGAUUGCUGGAUUGGAUGGCAAUGCCAAGCUGCAUCCAGAGGAAGAGAGUAACAAUCAUCAAUCAUAGAGUCUGAAAAUCAUGAAGUGCUGUUUAGGGGCAUUUUGGUCGAUCAGGCUCUCAAAAUCAUAACAGAUUGAGAUCCUCCCACUGAAAUCAAGAACCUGCCAUCCCCAUAACCGCCGCCACCACUCCUCUAAUUCUGCACCGUCUAUAUUUUUCCCGCUCUAUUACAACUAACUAACAACUACCACCACCACUACCAUUUCGUUUACUCCACGGUCAGACAAAAAGCCCCAGAGAAAAUCACCAACCAAACAAUGGGCGCCACCCGGAAUGUCCUCCUCAUCUUUCUGGCUGCCGCCAUUCUCACCGCCGCCGCCUCAGCACAAACACUCGUCCACACAUACCCACCCUCCCUCUUCGCCACCAUCCUCUCCGCCCUCGGCUUCCGAGACCUCUCCAACGUCACCGCCAAUGCCAACCUCUCUCUCACCGCUCCCUCCACUGUCUUCGCCCCCACCGACUCCUCCCUCCUCACUUGCCCCUCCUGCUCCCUGCCUCUUCUCCUCCAAGAACAUUCCCUCCCGGGCCUCUACUCUUUCCACUUUCUCCGCAACUUAGCCUUCGGCACCAAGAUUGAGACCUUCGCCCGCAACCGCUGUCUCACCAUCACCGCUUCCCCCAUCAUCAACCCCUCCGACGCCGUCUCCACCCCGAAAAUCUUCGUCAACGGCGUCGAAAUCACCAAACCGGACCUCUUCAAUAAUGGCCUCGUCAUCGUCCACGGCAUCCAGGGGUUUAUGUCUCAUCUCUCGCCGACUUCCUGCACUAUCGAGAAAAUGACUACCCUCGCCUACCCAGACCCCCCGCCGCCCACGGCAGAGUUCUUGGUCAUGCGCUCGAUGCUGAAAGAGGCCAUGGCCGAGUUGCGUGUCAGGGGGUUCAGUUUGGUGGCUCUGGCGAUGAGGGUCAAGUACCCGGAGCUGGCAGACCUCAAGUCCAUGACGCUUUUCGCGAUUGACGAUGGGUCCAUCUUCGCCGGAGGGGGAGGGCAUGCUUACGUCACCGACCUAAUGUUCCACAUAGUGCCCAACAGAAUUCUGAAGGGGUCGCACUUAAUGAGUCUGCCGCUGGAUACGGUGAUCCCGACGAUGGAGCGCGGGCAGGAACUGGUUGUGACCACCGCAGACGGAGGAGGGCCCUUGUCUCCCAUGAGGAUAAACUACAUGAAGAUUAAGAGCCUUGAUUUGGUGAGUAACAAGAGGAUAGUGGUGCAUGCACUGUCAAACCCAUUGCCCCACGUGCACCGUCGGACGGCGGUUAGGGAGGAGGAGGCCACUUGUGAUGAGCACCAAAGUGGAUUGUGCGAGGAAAGUGGUGGUACUAAACGACCAACGGUGCAAAUUGAAGAUCCUUUUGGUUUGUGAGGUUCUGAUCCCUGCCCCAAUUUUGCAUCUGUGCAUUGCGUCGCUGUUUCAUUUUGGUCAAUCGUUCAUUGUUGAUCGAAGUUCUUCAAAUUCAGGGGACGCAUAUUCCUGUAAAUUUCACUACAAUUUGAGUCCACUCCCCUAAUUGAUUUUAAUUGUUUGAUUUUUCU